AUGGAACAAGGUAACGGAGUUGGUGAUUAUCAUCCGCCAUUGCCGCCGGUUAGGAGGUUGAGGACGAUGGAGUCCCUUGGCUCUCCUCCUCCACCAAGAGAAUGUCCUCGUUGUCAUUCCAACGACACCAAAUUUUGUUAUUUUAACAACUACAGCAUGAAUCAACCAAGGUAUUACUGUCGGACAUGCAAGCGCUACUGGACUCAUGGUGGCAUUCUACGUGACAUCCCCAUUGGCGGAAAGUCCCACAAGGGAAGGAAAUCUACCGGUAGGUAUGAGAAUAAGAGGGUUCAACCAUCUUCGCCUCAACUCCAACCAUCUUGUCCACGAGCAAAUGUAGCUCCAGUAACUUUUGGUCCUUUAGCGCUUCCUCCGACGGUGACACCUUAUCGUGUUGAAAAUGGGUAUCUCAAUAUGGUAAACCCAAUGAGAAUUAUUGAGCCACCGUAUAACUCAAGCCAAUACGCUUUCCAGCCUACAACUAGGGAUUAUGGUCAGAAUUUCUUUUUGAACAAUAAUGAUGGAGCUAGUUCAUCUAACUCCUUUCCAUUGAAUGCCUCCGUGGGCAGCCGCACCACCGAUGGAUACACAAAUUUUGGUUGGGGUUCUUUGAUAGCGAACCCGAAUGAUUGGUUGGACUUCUCCCGUAGCUUUGACCCAUCAACAUGA